GUCGAUCAAGGUGGGCUUUGCCAUGUAAUGGUGUAUGCAGCAGGGCUCAGAGCACCAGUCUAGGCUCCCAAUCAUUUCAACAGCUGACAUUUGAACCGACAACAAGACUCUACCCCUCCAAUCACUUAAACAGAAAACCUGCCGGUUAUUCUCCUACACCCAAUUCCUCUAUUCAGUCUACCACGUGUCGCGAAUCAGAUGGGUCGGACUUUUUGACUUGACGACCACAGUCAAAAACCCUAGCCCAAGAAAAACCAAAGGGAGCAAUUAAAACAAAACCAAUCUUUCAAUUUCUCCUUUUCUUUUUCGUCUUCGCUAGUAUUCAUUUGACCUUCGGAGCUCACCUUUACCUCUUCCACCUUUUCAUAUUCUGCUUUGUCUCCUCCAUUUUGUUUUGUUUUAAUUCUCUUCCUCCCUCUUUCUUUAACCUUUUCUCUCUUAUAAAAUCAGCCUUUUUCUUCCUCUCCCUUCUUGUGUGCUUUCUUUCCUAUGGCGGUUUCACCCUCAAGCAUUUCUAGCUUGGAGUUGACCAUAUCUAUGCCUGGCUUCUCUUCUCCUCCUCCUUUUCCUUCAUCUGAGGUUUGUGCUGUGAAAGAUUUGGACAUAAACCAACUACCAUCAGGAACAGGAGAAGAAGAAUGGAUCACUGCGGGCGUGGAAGAUGAAGAGGAAAGCACUAAUGGAGGCCCCCCUCGCAAAAAACUCCGUCUCUCUAAGGAACAGUCUCGCCUUCUUGAAGAAAGUUUCAGGCAACACCACACCUUAAACCCUAGACAAAAAGAAGCAUUAGCUUUGCAAUUGAAGCUGAGGCCUAGACAAGUUGAGGUGUGGUUUCAAAACCGGAGGGCCAGGAGCAAGCUUAAGCAGACAGAGAUGGAGUGUGAGUAUUUGAAGAGAUGGUUUGGUUCAUUAACCGAGCAAAACAGAAGGUUGCAAAGAGAAGUAGAGGAGCUUAGGGCAUUAAAGGUGGGUCCACCAACCGUGAUGUCUCCUCACAGUUGUGAACCUCUUCCAGCAUCCACCCUUACUAUGUGUCCAAGUUGUGAGCGUGUGACAACCACCGGCUUGGACAAGGGCUCCACCAAAACCACCACCACUGCUGUGGCCACCCCAACAACAGCCGCCACCUUGUCCUCUAAAGUUGGGACACCCGCACUCCAAUCUCGGCAAUCUUCUGCGGCUUGUUAGUCAGCUAUAAUGAUCAUUGAUUACUUUGAUAUGAACGAAUAUAGGUUAGAGAAAUGUUCAUACUAGUUUACACCAAAUGUAUGAGAUAGGUACUAGGGUAUCUGGUAUCUAAUCUACAUGGAUAAUUAGUUUACUUGUUAAUUAGCACUUUCAUCUUUUUAA